GGGGAACCAAAACAAAUCCAUGCUCGACGAGACCUCCUUAUCACGUUGGUUGUUAGUAUCAUCAAAGAACAAUGGGGAAGAAGAAACGACAGCACCGGCGGAAGGACCGGGAGGACAAGAUGUUUGACGCGCAUGACGACGUGAUGCAAGAUGUGGAUGUGGACCUGGACCGCCGGCUGGGGGCCAAAGUCACUUCAAAACAGAAGAAGAGAAUGAAGAGGAAACUCAUGAGGGAAAUGAGGAUGAAAGAACAAAUGGACCGGUACAAAGGCAAAGAGGGCAAAGACGAAUACACGGGAUGGCAUACUAUCAACAUACAAGGAGAUACACCACUGGAGAAGAAUUUCAUCCUUUCAAGCAUCGGGAGUGAUGUGGAGGUGGAGUUCCGCCCUCUGGGCUUCUUCAAGAUGGGGAACACAAGUGGAUUUUACCUUGAGAAGAAUGCUUCUGCUGCAAAUGCCAUUGUUGCACUUGACAAGAGACUCCAAGGGCCAGAUGGAAGUCGGCUCAAGAUCAACCUGAAGAAGUGUGAAACCCCUGACCUCGUGUUGAACACAGACCAGUUACAGGUUUUACGAGACGUUCUUUCUCAGAGAUUCAACGGUGAAGCCUGCUUGUUAGAUCUCUCUAAUUUUCAUUAUGAGCAAAGAUUUUUAGAUCAGGACAUCCUGGCUCCUCUGGCUAGUACCUCCAUCAUGAAGCAUGUUGUUCGUAUGAUCAGAGAAAAUGUGCCUCAGCUGAAAGCACUCAAUUUGAGCAAGAAUAACAUCAAAGUAAAACAUUUGAAAGGUUGUUAG